AAUAAAGAAUCAGACAAUGUUGAUCAAUAUUGUCCCAGGCAAUAGUUUUAUAUCACUAACUGACUCAAGGUCAAUAUUUCAUGUACCCCUCCAGUCAUGUUAAAUAACUUGGAUAACAAUAUCAGCGUUUUUUGUAGCACUUCGUGAAUGUACAUAUGUAUGUAUGUAUGUGUACAUAUAUACAUAUGUAUGUAUCUAUGAAAUAUGUACCAUUAAUAGGUACUAUGCAAUACGCAAAACUCAUAGUAAAUGUCAGGUUGAGACAUGAUUCAGCUUUGUACUAAACGAGGUGAAACUUGAUUAAGUAGUAAUUAUCGGUCGGAGUAUUUAUAGCCACGUGUAUACCAGGUUUGGUCGCAUUUGUGGCAGAUACGAGAUCAAACGCAAAGAGAACUAUAUUUUCAAUUAAUAUGUAUAAACUUCACGAUUUCAAUGUCCGAGGACUGGGUGAACCUAUUCGGCUGAUGUUCAAGUACAGUCGAGUCGAAUUUGACGACAUUAGAUAUCCAUGUACAAGUAUCGACUCAAAGCUACCACCAGAAAUUAAAGAGAAAUGUCCUUGGGGAGAUGUUCCAAUGCUAGAAAUUUGUCAAGAUGGAAAAGAAACCCGUAAAUUAGCUCAAUCCUUGGCAAUCGGGAGGUAUAUUGCGAACAAAUGUGGUCUAAGAGGGUCAAAUGAAUUCGAAUCUGCCGUAUGCGACGAGUAUGUGGAUGCAUGUGCAGAUUUAUUUGAAGCUCUAUUUGAAUUGUACACGGAAACUGAACCCGAAAAGUUAAAACUUAUCGAGGAAAAGGUGUUGGAAACGGUGAGGGGCAAAUACCUGUCAAAAUUUGAGAACAUUUUGCAAGAGAACAAACGACAAAACGGAGUUUGCUGCCUGGUCGGGGGUAAAUUCAGUUGGGCCGAUAUUUAUUUGGUGCACAGGAUCGACGACGCGAAGAUUUCACAUGGCCUUGAUUUCACACGCGAUAAGCAUGGUGAAAAAUAUCUUGAACUUGUGGCUUUAUACGAGUCGUUCUACGCUAUUCCAAGGAUUCAAGAAUGGGUUAAACAUAGGCCGGUCACAAAAUUCUAAACCAAACGAUAUAGAGUGCAUGCAAAUUAAAA